AUGUCGUCAAGCGCAGCAGAGAACUCCAACGUCGAGGAGAAGGAAGAGGCGAAGUCGAUGACCACAGCCGCCACUGUCACCGCCAGCGCAAACACCCGCAGUACGUAUGGAUUAAAGGAAUGGAAAGUCCGCUUGAUGAACUGGCGGGGCGUCGGCGGCAGCACCCAGAGCAACACUGGCGGCAGCGAUGGUAGCGGUACUUCGGAAGCAGCCGCAGCUGCUUCCGAAGUCACCACAGAGAAGGGCGAGGCGCUCGAUCAGAAAAGCGCAGAAGGUAGCAAGUCCUCUGCGACAGCGCCUGCCGAAAACGACGCAGCAGCAGCAGCAGCAAAGACGAACUCCGCUACGGCUCACGCCUCACCGGCUCGCCCGAUGAAUAUCUGGGUGCGUCGUGCGCUGGAACGGCAAGCAGAGUCCGCGAUUGCGGCAGAGAUUCAUGAUGCCAAGCAGGCUUCCGUGGGGGCGGUGGUAGAAUCCGUAGCGGGUGUAGCGCUGGGAGCCAUAGCAGCAGCAAAAGUGGCUGCCAGUGAGCCAGAGGGCAAUGGCGCUGUCGCCUUCGAAAAGAGGCUUGCCGCCCAAACGAGAUUCGCAGAGCUCAUGAGAGAGCACCGUGAGGGGCCCGGGCAGCCGAGCGCACAGCCACCAGUGAAGGCCACGAAAGUCGUCAAAAAACCGAAAGUGGCAGAGCCGACCUCCCCAGUAGUGACGCCCACGGCGGAGGAGAAGUCAUCCAUGUCCAUCUCCAACAAGAAGCGCGCGGCGGAAAGUGCUGGUCAGGCGCACGCAGCGCCUGACACUGAACCAGCGACCUUAUCACCAUCAGAAGCGAAGACAGGGAAGGCAGAAGGCGGGCCGACACAGCCCACCUCCAAGGCAGAGGUUGACUCCAGUGCAGCCCCUUUUGCAGCUGCAGCAGUGCAUCAGGCAACCGUCCGCAAGCGCAAGAAGGCUACCAGUAGCGCAUCCGCGAAGCGCACACAGGGCGCAAGCGUCGACGCCUCCACAGCAACGACACCGACACAUGUGACGACCGUUAAAGGGAAGGCUUCGCUGGAGGAGCUCCGCGCCCGGCGCAACCGCACCACCGCCGGCGGCAGCGCGAGCCGCCGUGAUGACCCGAACUCUUCGGAGGGAAGCGCUGGCAUGGCGGGCAGCAGCAACGCCGGCAACGCUGUGAGCGGACAUUCACAGCAAGACGAAUACAACGACUGCGCCCUCGACGCCAUCAGCCGACUUCUUCUUCGCUACUGCUUGGGGGACAGCACAGCGCCAGUGACGCCAUCGGCGGCAACAGCAGCUGAUAGCGCGGACGUCUCGUCCUCGGCGGAGCCGGCGGUCGCCCUCACCGCAGAAUCGUCGCCGGUGCCUACACAGAUGACGACGGAGCUAGAAUUCUUCAAUGAGCUGAUGGAGCUCUGCGAGAACGACAGUCUUACACCGGCGUCGCUGGAGCUACUGCGUGAGCUCUUCCAGCACGUCCGCGUGUUGCCCCGCUCCUCUAGCGUCUCGGAUGCUGGCAAAAGAAGCGAGAGCGCAGAUGCCAGCGCAUGUACUGUGCAGGACGGCGAGGCUGCGAUGGAGGAGACAGAUGUCGAAGCCUACCGCGAAGCCAUUCGCCGGCGCGAGUACGUUCAGCAAGUCAUCAUGGUGCUACUGAACCGCCUCAAGCACAUGAAAAUGCAGGAGCAGCGAGAGAGGCAGCAAAGUGAUGGCGACACAGCAGCAGCAGCAACAUCUGCGGCAUCGGCUCCGCUGCCGGCGCCAGUUGGAAAGAACCAGAGAAGCAACAGCCAGUGCGCGCCGAUGCCCCCUUUAUCACAGCAACACAAGUCAGGAAUGAUAUACCCGGGAGGGCAGAGGAUGGCGUCUGCUGCUCCGUGGCCGAGCAUGGCCGAGAUGGCCGAGAUGGCCGGCGCGUACCCAGACGAGGUGACCGCUGCCUUCACGUCAGCGAUGAUGGCCUACGGCUACCCGAACCCGUACGCCCACCUCACCGUCUUCUCCCAGCAUCAGCCGGUGGCCCCACCAGUGGGCUGGCCGCCGUUGCUCCACGCACCUAUCCCCGGGGCCCGUCACGGGCGCCAUGACCACCACGACAGCAACAGCAACGUUGCCGCACGCCUCGUGGCGUCCCCGUUUCCCGGCGCCUUUCCUAUCAUCCCCCCGCCAGCCACUGCGGACACCUUCGCCGGUGCAGAGGACCGUGAGAUGCAGGAGCUACUCCGCAUGAUCCGGGCACAGCUCACCCAGCCUGCUAGCAUGAAGUUGUCUGGCAUGAGCACCGCUGACUCGCGAGUGGAAUCGAGCGUGAAUUUGUCGGGUGCAGCGCCGGUUGAAGUGUCUCAAGCAGAGAGGGCAGUGCUGCGUCACGUCCAGAUGGACUUCAAGAAGCACUUGGAGCAGCAGCAGCAGCAGCAGCAGCAGCAAGCGGCGGUGGUAGCUUCGCCAGCCGAGGGCUCCCCGGCGCCGCCGAUGGCAACCCUGACACCACCACCAGAGAUGGAUACUACACAACCGCGUCGCAUGCAUGCCACGCCUGGUACCGCUGCUGGCACCUCAGCCGCUGCUACGGGCGCCGCAACAGGCACAGCCAUGGGAACGACAGCGGCGUCGCACGUUGGUAGUGAAAAGUCUCAACACCACCACACCCUCCUUGGUCACCAGGCGAGCGGGCUAGAGGAAACCGGAGAGGCGGCAGGGGAGUCUCCCUCCGCGCGCAGCACCACUGCCCCUGCGCAGGAGGAGGAAGGUAUCGUAACUGACGAAGCAACACCGGCCAAGUCGCGCGGAACAACUCUAAACCUCAACGCCAAGCCGUUUGUGCCAAGCGGCGCUCGUGGAGGCAACGGCAGCACCACCACCACUAUUAUUAUCAAACCCACCGCUACCCCGGACUCGACGCCUACGAAGACGACCUUUAACUACCACGCCAAGCCGUUUUUGCCUUCCGUCAGGGUCAACUUACCGAUGCCCACACUACCGCAGAAACGGGCGCAGAUGAACGCGGCAGCACCGGCCUUCAUCCCCAAGCAGCAGCAGCAGCAGCAGCAGGCCCCCUCCAGGACAGACGCGCCGGCCAUUCCGCCACCGCCGCCCGGAUGUGUGACGGACCCCUGGGCCUCUUACGAAAUGUUUGCCCGUUGGCGGGACAUGAUGGAGGCCUACUACCAAAACGUGUUCGCCCAGCAGAACGCGGCUACGACAAAGACCGGAACCGCACCACCAUCGGCUACAGCAACUGGAGGAGGACCGGCCCCACCGAUUAUGAUGACCUCGCCACACCUUGCGUAG